AUGUCUUAUGGUGGUACUGCACAUGAUAUAGAAGGACAGAAUGAUGAUCGAUUAGAAGGUUUAUUAGGGAAAGUCAAGGUGUUGAAAGAUAUAACAGUGGGUAUAGGGGAACAAGUCAGGGAUGGGAAUCGUGAAUUGAGCGGAAUGAACGACGCAUUCGCAUCUACUACAAAUUUCCUAGGAGGGACUCUUAAACGAAUGAACACUAUGGCUAAAAGACAAGGUGGUAAUUGGUGUUGGUUCAUGGCUUUUUUGUUAUUUGUCAUGUGGAUCUUUAUCAUGUUAUGGUGGAUACGUCGAUAG